AUGUCAAAAGCAAUAACUUAUUACUAUCCAUGGGUGGGAAGUUUAAGAGACAAUGCUACCAUUGACUGUGAUGAUACUGGGGUUGAAUUCUUGGAAGUUGAAGUGAAUUUUCCGAUGGAUAAAUGCGAAGGAAUAGCAAUCAGUGUGUGUCUGUCACACAAAGUGGGCGAUGCGCGCAACACCCUCUUCUUUGUGAGGGAUUCGCCCGCAUUAACUGGAGAUCUUAAUGCAAAAUUAGUAUAUUCUCCAUUCAUCAACCAGGGUUCCUUAGUACUGUCACCAUCUGAUAGUCCUCUGUCCUUCCCAGCAAUCUUAUCAAAACUAGAAGAAUGUAUAGAACUCGAAAAGAGGUUCUAUUUUUCUGCCUCAAAGAUAAGAGCUCUCAAAGAUUUGGUUGUUGCUGAAUUAAGUGUCGAAAAUCCAACAACGACUGAGGUAGUUAGUGCACUUGUUUACGAAUGUGCUGUUAUUAUCAACUUGGGUUCAUCUCAUGAGCAAUCUCGGUUGGUCCUACUAUCAGAUAUACAAAAAGAAAUUUCACAUUCAGUACCACCAACUUCCAUCAACAAUAUUCUCACAAUCUUUACCGCACCAAUAUACAACAACAAAGGAGACCUUAGGGUAUCAAAUUUAGUAGCCGAUAUAUGA